AUGGAACUGAACGGAGAGAAAAGCAAAACGACGACGUAUUGCGUGACCGGUGCAAGUGGAUACAUCGGUUCUUGGUUGGUUAAGUCUCUUCUCGAAAGAGGCUACACUGUGCAUGCCACACUCAGAAAUCUUGAAAAAUCUCAAUAUUUCCAAUCCAAAUGGGGAGGUAGUGAACGGCUUAGAUUAUUCCGAGCGGAUCUUCAAGAUGACGGCAGCUACGAUGACGCCGUCGAGGGCUGUGACGGCGUCUUUCAUGUUGCGGCUUCCAUGGAGUUUGAUAUCUCACCAAAUCACAUCAAUCUCGAGAAUUAUGUCCAGAGCAAAGUCAUAGACCCGGCAAUAAAAGGCGUACGGAACGUACUUGGUUCUUGUCUAAAGUCAAAAUCAGUCAAAAGAGUUGUCUUCACAUCAUCCAUCAGUACUCUCACAGCCAAAGAUGAGAAUGAACGGUGGAGAUCUGUUGUGGAUGAGACUUGCAAGACUCCCAGUGAUCACGUCCUUAAGACAAAAGCUAGUGGAUGGAUUUAUGUACUAUCCAAGCUCAUAUCAGAGGAAGAAGCAUUUAGAUAUGCGAAAGAGAGAGGAAUGGAUCUUGUUUCAGUCAUUACAACUACUGUCUCGGGUCCAUUCCUUACUCCUUCUCUACCAUCAAGCAUUCAAGUUCUCUUGUCUCCAAUUACUGGUGACUCCAAGUUGUUUGCGAUAUUAUCAGCUGUGAAUAAAAGAAUGGGUUCGAUUGGUUUGGUUCACAUUGAAGAUAUUUGCAGAGCUCAUCUGUUUCUGAUGGAACAACCAGAAGCUGAAGGUCAAUACAUAUGUUGUGUUGACAACAUUGAUAUGCAUGAGUUGAUGCUUCAUCAUUUCUCUAAGGAGUAUCUUUCUAAAGUUCAAAAGGUGGGUGAUGAAGUUGAAGAGAGAAAAACUUUGGUGAAACCUGUGAUUUCUUCAAAGAAGUUAAGAGAAUUGGGGUUUGAGUACAAAUAUGGUAUUGAAGAAAUUGUUCAUCAGACAAUUGAUGCUUCCAUCCAUUUUAGGUUUCCUACCUUGAACCACAAGCUCAAACAGUGA